CGCUGCCGGGAGAGGGAGACUUUGAGGUGGUUGUUGUUGUUGUUGUUUUUACCUAAGCCUGACUCUUUUUAUCUUUACCGCGUUAGGCCCCGCCCCUCCAUCUAGGUGGCCGACCAAGAGGCCCUAUCGGCGCUUGUGGCAGCAGCAGCCGCCUCAGCAGCAGCAGAAGGAACCGGAGCAGAGCGAACUACGACCGCCGCGCGAGAGGCGGACACCCGGCUCCUAUCACAGCCGCUGCCGCCGCCGCAGCCGCCGCUAACAACAACAUGGUGAAGAUCUCUUUCCAGCCGCCCUUCGCCGGCAAAGACCAGUCCAAGAAGGAGGCGGCCGAGGUGCUGGUGGCCGACAAGGAUCCAGAAGUUGCAACACAUGGGCACGAAAGUUCAUCUGGAAGAUGUCUGCUGAUUCUUUUGGGUCUUGCGCUUAUAUUGGCAGGAGUGGUGGUUGGUGGAGCCUGCCUCUAUAAGUACUUCAUGCCAAGGCGUGCAAUGAUGCGUGGGCAAAUGUGUUACGCGGGAGAGGAUCAGCAAGAGCAGGCAGCCGAACCCUACUUCUUGCCCAUUGCUGAAGAAGCUGACAUUCGUGAGGAUGAUAAUAUUGCCAUCAUUCAGGUUCCUGUUCCAAAAUUCUCUGACAGUGAUCCUGCGGCGAUUGUUCAUGACUUUGAAAGGGUGAUCCUGACUGCCUACCUUGAUCUGCAGCUGGGUAACUGCUAUGUGAUCCCUCUGAACACGUCCAUUGUUAUGCCACCACGGAAUCUGAUGGACCCUCUUUUCAAAAUUAAACGGACUGGUUCCUAUUUGCCUCAGACUUACCUUGUUCGUGAAGAAAUGGUUGUGACAGAAAAGAUUGAUAAUGUGUCGGAUCUGGGCAUUUUCAUUUACCAGCUCUGUGUAGGGAAGGAAACUUUCAGGCUUCAGCACAGAGAUAAGACCAAUGGCAUCCAGAAACGCUCAGCUGAAAAGUGUCAUUCAAUCCGGCACUUUGAAAACUUGUUUGUUGUGGAAACCAAGAUCUGUCAGCAGUGAAAAGUACAGGGUAGAAAGUGACAAUCACACAUCUUCAUUAAGAAGUCGAAGCUUUAUCUCUUUAUUUUCAGAAUUAAAACAUGCAGUGAUAAUCAAAACCUUAUGCUUUUUUGUGGGUUGCUUAAAUUUAAAAACAAAAGAAGGAAAUUCCAAAUUUACCAUGAUUUUUUCUUUGUGUCCCUGGUGUGGCUAAAUUUUCUAGCUUUCAUUCGCACUUGCUAACACAAAAGUGAAUACCCUAUACCCACCUGAUUAUCUGUUUCACAGCAUAGUCUUACACGUCUACUUGGAAGUCUUACUUUGUUAAAAGAGACUUACUCCAAAUUAAGUGUGUAGGAUUGCAGCCUCAAACUAAUUUAAAAAAGGACUGCAAGUAGCAAAUUCCUGCAUAGAAAUGUAGUCCAGUCAACACCUGACUCUUUACAGAAUGAUGAAAGUAACACAUUAAUAUCUGGUUUGCACAUUUAUAUGUAGCUCUGUAGGAUUGCUCUACAUUAAGUCUGGUCAGAAACUACAUCAAGACUUCUAAGGUUUAUUUGAACUUCAUAGGAGAAGCAUGUAAACUAACCUUGGUAAUCAUAAACAUUUUUUCCCCAUUUUGUGCAAUUACUGUAUUGAACUUGUAUGUAUAUUUGGAACCUUCCUUGAGUUUACUUUAGUACUUCUUUAUUUUGGUUCUUUAGUGAUAUUUAGUUAUAUGUUCAGGAGCAGUUACUCUUUAAAAGCUUUUAUGUUAGUAUUUUGGCGCUGGACUGGUUUCAACAUCUUUAUUGCAAGCUUAUGUAAUUACAACCUAAUUUGGCCCAAUUGUCAUUGUUUCUGUAGCUGUGAAUUCCAACCCCCCAAGCCUAUGUUUCAGAGAAUAACUUCUUAUAAGCACAGUAGCACUAAGACUGCAGUCGAAAGUAUUAUCUUUGCUUAAGACUGUGGUACACGAUGGUAAAGGGAUUGUUAGUGAGCUGCUAAGUUGAGUGUUUUGUAUAAGGGACUUUAUAUUUCUCACAAAUCCUGCAGCCCUCCAAUAAAUGUUUCUUUAAGACUA